AUGCAGCACCUACACGACCUGAAGUCCAGUUUGUGGAACUCUAACUCAAACUCUGAGCGGAUGAAAGCUCUAAACCGAUUUUCGUCAUUCAGUCUAAACCGGCGUCGACCCACGCGAUCCAAUCACUCCACAGCAGCCUGCAACAUUGAGCUUGUUACUCCAAGGGUGAAGGAGCGGACACAGAACGUGACAGAGAAGGUCACGCAGGUACUGUCUCUAGGUGCUGAUGUUUUGCCCGAGUACAAGCUCCAGGCUCCAGACGUCCACAAGUGGAUCAUGCUGCACUACAGUCCUUUCAAAGCCGUGUGGGACUGGCUCAUUCUUCUGCUAGUGCUCUACACAGCUGUCUUCACUCCAUACUCGGCUGCUUUCCUCCUCAAUGAACUGGAGGAGGAGAAGAGACACAUCUGUGGUUACACCUGUAACCCUUUAAAUGUAGUAGAUGUGAUAGUGGACGUUCUGUUCAUCUUAGACAUCGUUAUUACCUUCAGGACGACAUACGUGAACCGUAACGAUGAGGUGGUGACCCAUCCCAAGCUCAUCGCCAUCCACUAUAUCAAAGGCUGGUUUCUCAUCGACAUGGUGGCCGCAAUUCCAUUUGAUCUGCUCAUCUUCAGGUCUGGAUCAGAUGAGACGACAGCCACACUCAUUGGCCUGCUGAAGACAGCCCGUCUGCUGCGCUUGGUCCGUGUGGCUAGAAAGUUAGAUCGAUACUCAGAGUAUGGAGCUGCAGUCCUCUUCUUGCUCAUGUGCACCUUUGUGCUGAUUGCUCAUUGGUUGGCCUGUAUCUGGUAUGCCAUUGGUCAUGUGGAAAGGCCUUACAUGAAGACAGGUUGGCUGGAUAAUCUGGCCGAUCAACUGGGGAAGCAUUACAAUGACAGUGAUGCCAGCUCAGGACCCUCCAUUCAGGAUAAAUACAUCACUGCACUCUAUUUCACCUUCAGUAGUCUGACCAGCGUGGGCUUUGGGAAUGUCUCUCCAAACACCAACUCAGAGAAGAUUUUCUCCAUUUGUGUCAUGCUCAUUGGCUCUCUCAUGUAUGCCAGCAUAUUUGGAAAUGUUUCUGCAAUAAUUCAGAGGCUUUAUUCCGGAACAACUCGCUAUCACACCCAGAUGCUGCGGGUCAAAGAGUUCAUCCGCUUCCAUCAGAUACCUGGAGAACUGAGGCAGAGACUGGAAGAAUAUUUCCAACAUGCCUGGUCCUACACCAAUGGCAUCGAUAUGAAUGCGGUCCUAAAAGGUUUUCCUGAGUGUUUGCAAGCUGAUAUUUGCCUGCAUCUGAAUCGUAGUCUGCUGCAGAACUGUAAAGUGUUCCGUGGGGCGAGUAAAGCGUGCCUGAGGGCUCUCGCCAUGCGCUUCAAAACCACCCACUCGCCACCUGGAGACACCCUCUAUCACCAUGGUGACGUGAUCAAAGCCCUCCACUUCAUCUCCCGUGGUUCCAUUCAAGUGUCGCAACAUAACAUUGUGCUGGCCAUACUGGGAAAGAAUGAUGUCUUUGGCGAGCCUAUAAAUCUGUAUGCAGAGCCUGGUCGCAGUAACGCUGAUGUUACUGCACUUUCCUACUGUGACCUUCACCGUAUCCAACGAGACGACCUUCUAGAGGUGCUGGACAUGUACCCUGCAUUUGGAGAGAUCUUUUGGAGGAACCUAGAAAUCACCUUUAACAUACGAGACGCUGAAGAGAUGAUGCCCAGUGAAAAUUUGGACUGUGGGUACCAUGUGAAUGGCAUACGACACUGCCAAAACUCCCUAGACAGGCGAAACAGGCCAGAUGGAAUGGACCACAAAGACUCAUACCCAUCUCGGAUGUGUUCUGCCCUGGGUCGGCAUCAUUCUCUAACCGCUCACAUGCACUGGGAGGAGCUGUGUAGCUGUGGAAGCUCCACAUUGCAGUCCAGUGAAAACCUCAGCAAAUCUCCUAUCAGCCACUGUGAGUUGUACACCUCGGAUGUAGAUCCUCUGGACUACCCCUCUCCUGAUGUGAGACUAAUACCACCACGAGGUGCCUCUGGGGUCAGCAGAGAGUUUGGCAUGGAUAUGGGGCUAUUUGCUCCUCCUCCAUCUGGAUUGUACCAUUACUGGCCUGACCACCAGGCAGCUCAUUUCGCUGAACAGACUCGGCGCCCCCUAUCUGUCCUGACCUCAUUCCCACCGCCGCUCUUUGAGCAUCAACCCAAUGAACUUGAGUCCAGACUGGAGCUUCUGCAGAGCCAACUCAACAGGCUGGAAACCAGAAUGACAGCAGACAUUAAUGUGAUCCUUCAGCUUCUCCAGCGACAAAUUGCUCCGGUGCCCCCAGCAUACAGCACUGUAUUACCUGACAACCACACUCCUGAUCCUGUUAUACUGUACAGAAGCAGUGCACCAGUACUCCACAGCAUGUACCCUAUCCCAAACAUUCAGCUGGACAGUAGAAACACUGCCAUUCAGAGUUCAACAAAGCCAGAUUCCAUAUUCCAAUCAAAUUCCCAGGGUUCUCUGUCCAGUGGUGUUCAUAUGGGAGCUGCGUCAGAUGACUGUGUACCUGAUAACCUGGAAACUAUUACUGUUUCGACCCCAGUGCAUCAGCCCAUUUUGAUAGAUGCACCGCGGCUCUGUGCGUCCCUCAGAUUUCCCUCAUUGCCUGGCAACCUGGACACUUCAUCGCACCUGGAAGAAAUUCCAAAACACAUGUCUGACCCUGCCUUAUCGGUCAGCUAAAAUCACAACACACCUUCAACCGGCUUAUCAUAACAGAACUAUGAGAACACAUCAAAACACAAUCAAUAAAUACCCUGCUGAUGUCACCAUCAGUUAGGACAGCCCUAAACCAACACUAAACCAGCAUAAAAACUCAAAGGCAGAUAACAAAGCAUCUUAAACCUCAAGAUGAAUGUCAGUGACCAUCAAUAACGUGUUCUACAUGCAGUAAGACUCAGGAAACAGUCACAGUACAGUGGCUGAUAAUGUUUUGUAAUGAUACAGUAAAUCUAUCCAAAGAAUGUCUCUGUAUGUCUGGAGUAUUCUGUGUAUUUGCUGUAAUUAAAAGUAUGUUCAAUCCCUU